CGCUUCACUGCUCAAUCCAUAACUCUUAUAAUCCAAAUUCCAGAACUCAGAAUUCUUCAGAGAUUUCUAUAGAGAGAAUGAGGAAAGCAGUGAGAAAUUUCUCUCUCCUCUUCUCCAUCCUAAUCUUUUCUCUCUCACCAUUAACAGCCCAACAACAACAACAAAAGCUCUCUUACUUCUCCAUCUCCAACUCCCCAUGGUCACCAGCCAUGAAUCAGACCCUGGUAUCAAGUAACUCAACCUUUGCUGCGGGAUUUCGACCAUUAACCACCUCUCCCUAUCUCUAUAUCUUUGCUGUUUGGUUCCUAUAUGGGAUUGAUAAAACCGUUAUCUGGUCACUUAAUGGCACUACUAGUUCGCCAGUAGACCAAUCUUCCUCUCUUGUCAUCACCCCUGCCGGCAUUCUCCAACUCAACGAUUCAACCGGACAUAAUCUGUGGCAACCGACCGCUUUCGGAGAUCCUAAACAGACUAAAUUAGUCCUCGGUGAAGAUGGUAACUUGGUGUUUGGUAAUUGGAGCAGCUUCAACUAUCCAACUGAUACAAUUCUACCGAACCAGACCAUCGAUGGGAUGAUACUAGUCUCAAAGAAUGGAAAGUACAUGUUCAGGAACAAUCAAGAUCUAGUUUUCAAUUCAUCUAAUGUUUACAUGACACUUAGCCCUGCAAUUGGCAUCAUGCACUCUCUUGGAACUAUCACGAUGAAAAAUAGUGAUCAUUCAUAUGUUAUGGCCGACCUUGGAGAUCUUCGAUUGCGCCGAUUGACUCUUGAUAACGACGGGAACCUGAGAGCUUAUAGUCUCCGUCCUGUUUCAGGGACAUGGAUGAUUGUUUGGCAAGCAAUACAAGAACUUUGUACCAUUCAUGGCACCUGUGGUCCAAAUUAUGUAUGCAUGAGCAAUGGCUCCAAUUCCACUUUCUGUGUUUGCCCACCAGGAUUUGAAGUGCAAACAGGGGUUGUUGGCGAGCAAAUCUGUGAAAGGAGAAUUCCGAUUACACCGAAGGACAGCAAAUUUCUCCGGCUGGAUUUUGUUAGCUUCAUUGGUGGCCAGUACCUGCAAGCUCCCAAUUUCACUUCCUGCGAGGAUGGAUGUGUAGCCAAUUCUAGCUGUAUUGCUUAUGCAGUCCAAUUCAAUGGAAAUCACUACUGUAUCCACCAUCAACGCCUCCACUAUGGCUACUGGUCUCCAUAUCCACAGGUCACAACCUUUCUUCGCAUCUCCAAUUCUGAAACAAAUAUAUCUAACAACUUCACAGGCAUGACAACCAAGGUUGACACAAUCUGCCCUACUCUUAUUAGCCUUCCUGUACCACCUAACCGGUCUCAAACCACAACUAGGAACAUUAUAAUCCUCUCCUCAGUCUUCUCUAUCGAGUUCAUUGUUUGUUUCCUCUCUUUCUGGGCUUUCCUUAAUAAAUACCGCAAAUACCAAGACAUGGCAUGGUCAUUAGGCCUUGAACUCCUACCUGCAGGAGGACCCAAAAGAUUCAGCUACGCCGAGCUGAAAACCGCCACAAAUAACUUCUCCACCAUUAUUGGGCAAGGUGGAUUUGGGAUUGUAUAUAAAGGUGAGCUACCCGAUCACCGCAGUAUUGCCGUGAAGCGCCUUAAAAAAGUAACCGGUGCAGAGACAGAAUUUUGGGGUGAGAUCACAAUCAUUGCCCGAAUGCACCACCUCAACUUAGUUCGAGUCUGGGGUUUCUGUGUUGAGAAGGAUCAUAAAAUGUUGGUCUAUGAGUAUAUCCCAAAUGGGUCUCUUGCCAAAUACCUCUUCCCUGCCCAUUCCCCUGCAAUUCCAGAAUCAGGUCAGGGAAGGAGCAGCAGAGAUUUGCCUAGUAAUAGCAACACCACCACCAAUAGUGAUAGUUUUAGCAGCAGUAAUUGUAUAGAGAAUAUCCCAUUGAAGCCAUUACUGGAUCGUACAGAGAAAACCCAAUUGAGGCCAUUACUGGAUUGGGAUGUAAGAUACAGGAUCGCCCUUGGUAUUGCAAGGGCGAUUGCAUAUCUUCAUGAGGAAUGUCUUGAGUGGGUUCUCCAUUGUGACAUUAAACCAGAGAACAUUCUCCUCGGAGAUGACUUUUGUCCGAAGGUAUCAGACUUUGGGCUAUCGAAGCUGACAAAGAAGGAAGAAAUGGUCGCCAUGUCACGAAUCCACGGCACACGGGGAUACUUGGCACCGGAGUGGGUAACAAGGGAACAGCCAAUCACUGCAAAAGCCGAUGUGUAUAGCUUUGGAAUGGUUUUAUUAGAGAUUGUGAGUGGUAGCAGGAACUUUCAGUCCCGUGAAUCAUUAAGUGAGGACUGGUAUUUUCCAAGAUGGGCAUAUGAGAAGGUGUAUGAGGAGAAGAUGGUGGAAGAUCUUUUAGAUAAAACGAUCAUCCAUUGUUAUGACAUUAAGGUUCACAUCGAGUUUGUGGAUCGAAUGGUGAAGACUGCAAUAUGGUGCCUACAAGAACGGCCUGAUCUGAGGCCAUCAAUGGGGAAAGUAGCUAAGAUGCUUGAAGGAACAGUGGAGAUCACAGAACCUCCAAAGCCAACCAUUUUCUACUUGGAGAUGGGAGAUAAAACUCUGUUUCUUUUGUAA